AUGUUGGCCAAUUAUAUACGAUUAAUAUUUGUGUUGGGAUUGUUUCUCUUUGUUACAGCUUCUUAUGAAGAACUAUGCAAAUUUGCAAACAAUGUUACAGAUGUGGAAGAGUUGGCGCAUCAUAAAUAUCAGGUAUUAGAGGAUUGCUUGUACUAUAAGCUUAGCCAAGAUGCCAGCGCAAUGCAAGGUAAAUCAAAUGCUAUUAGCAUUUUGCCUCCAAGUGUAGCUGCCGGUGAAACUUUGGAUGCUGAAAUUCUUGAAAUAACACUUAAGCAAUUAUGGAUGAAUGAGAUUUGGCAUGUGAUGAAUAUAAAUGGACAUUUUUUAAUCUCAUGGAAGGAUCGUAGGAUGAAGUGGGAUUUGAAUGAAUGGAAAACUGAUACGCUGAACAUACGUUCAUAUGGCAGGUUGUGGGUACCAGAUAUUAAUAGCGACAGAUUUCAAACAUCAUCUCAAAGUGGUGAUUACGCACAGUUCUAUAAUAUUGUGGCGAAAAACAGCGGUAAUGUUACUGGACGGUUGGAAUUUAAGAUGCAAGCUCAUUGCGAUAUUGAUUAUACUAACUUUCCAGAUGAUGACAAGAAUUGCUGCUUUCGGAUGAAAUCAGUCCUUUAUCCUCAUUACAUCAGAUACUAUCUUGCUCAGGGUGAAGAUGGAUUGGAUCUCACAAAGCUAAGGACCAAUUGGCAUGUACGAGAUGCAACAAUUAAAGUGUUACCGGAUGAAGAUGAUCGCAAAACACAAAUGCUGCAAAUUUGUUUACAAGUACGACGUCGAUCGUCAACACUACGUAUCGAGCUUACUCUUCCCAUGAUGGUUUCAUCAUUAUUUGUUGUAAUCGCACCAUUUUUCGGCUCUUUUCGUGAUCAAAUUAAUGUGAAACUAUUUGCAAUAUUCAUUCAGCUGGUCAGUUUCACAUUUCUGGCCAUAAAGGCUCCUCAAGUUGGAUUCGGUGAAACUGUUCCACACAUAUACACAUUUUACGUAUUCACACUAGCUACGACAGUUGUUAGUUUACUUUUGACUCUUAUUAUCAGCGCUAUGUCACGGAUUCGGCGGAAAUUGCCACCUGCACAUCGAUACACAUUGCUGGCUUCUGCUCUCAAUACUAGCUUGUGUUGCGGAAGUGAAACGUGUACUGAAAUGGAUGGAACUUCAGCGAAAGAUUAUCACCAAGAUUGGCUACAAAUUCAUACCGCCAUCAAUAACGUCGUAUCAUUCAUCAUUCUCGUUGCUUAUACCAUUGGUAUCAUUGUCAUUCUAUGUGUGUAA